UUCGAGUUUCUUGUGGAUGAGGGUGCUUAUAACUAACACGCGAAUUCAGGCGGGGGAUCUCUCAUUUUUUCCAUUUUCAUUUCCAUCGUCUUUCGUUUAUAUUUGCAAAUCGCAACUCUGCCGAGCAACAGAGGAUCGUCUUGCCAAAGUGGUUUGUUUAACACGAGGCUCGUGCAAAUUGAAGAAAAAGAUUCCCCAAAUCUCGUAUCUGGAAGGAGGAGAUUCUUGUUGCCAUUUCAAUCACUGUUUGUUUGAGUUUUCUGGGUUUUCAACGUCAUGGGGGAAGAUCAAAAGGCCCCUUUGUUACAAUCUCAUCAUCAUCAUCAUCCUACCAAACGAACUGGGACGGUAUGGACGGCGGUGGCUCACGUAGUGACAGGGGUGAUUGGUUCGGGAGUACUAUCGCUGGCUUGGAGCAUGGCGCAGCUUGGAUGGAUUGGAGGGCCAUUGGCGAUGAUUCUAUUUGCUUCCGUCACUCUGCUCUCUUCUCUCCUUCUCUGCAACACAUACCGUUCUCCAGAUCCUGAAUAUGGCCCUCACAGGCAUCCCUCUUACCUUCAAGCUGUUAAUUUGCAUUUAGGAGCAAAGAAGGGGCGGUUAUGUGGCUUUUUGGUUCAAUUAAGCUUAUACGGGUUUGGAGUGGCCUACAUUGUUACAGCAGCUAUUAGUAUAAGGGCAAUUUUAAAAUCAAACUGUUACCACUAUGACGGACAAGGAGCAGCAUGUAGUUUUGGAGAUGCAUAUUAUAUGCUGAUUUUUGGGAUUAUCCAAAUUGUUCUGUCACAAAUACCCAAUUUCCAUAACAUUGAAUGGUUAUCAAUUGUUGCUGCAGUUAUGUCAUUUACUUAUGCUUUCAUUGGAAUGGCUCUUGCUGUUGCACAAAUCAUAGGAAAUGGAUUCAUAAAGGGUAGCGCAGGAGGUGUCAGUACUCAUAGUAUGGCUGAAAAAGUAUGGCUGGUUGCUCAAGCACUCGGUGACAUAGCGUUUUCCUACCCAUUCUCUGUAAUUCUUAUAGAAAUACAGGAUACUUUGAAGUCACCUCCACCAGAAAAUCAAACCAUGAAGAAGGCCUCAACAAUAUCAGUAAUUAUCACAACAUUUUUCUACCUGUGUUGCGGAUGUUCUGGAUAUGCAGCCUUUGGUAGUGACGCACCAGGAAACCUUCUAACAGGAUUUGGAUUUUAUGAGCCUUACUGGCUUGUUGACUUAGCUAAUGCUUGUAUAGUGGUUCACCUCGUUGGUGCAUAUCAGGUGUACAGCCAGGCACUAUUUGCAAAUUUUGAAGAUUGGUUCCGAUACAGGUACCCGGAAAGUGCAUUUGUGAACCAAACAUAUACCUUGAAACUCCCAUUUCUUCCGCCUUUUGGGCUAAAUCUUCUGAGGUUGUCUUUCCGUACUGCUUAUGUUGCAUCAUCAACUUUGAUUGCAAUGAUCUUUCCCUACUUCAAUCAGAUUUUGGGAGUUUUGGGAGGCAUAAUAUUCUGGCCACUAACCAUAUAUUUCCCAGUGGAAAUGUACUUGAGUCAGUACGAUAUUGAAGCAUGGACAACCAAGUGGGUCUUGCUACGGAUUUUUAGCAUCUCUGGCUUUGUGGUGGGAUCAUUCACUCUUGUUGGUUCCAUCGAAGGAGUAAUAUCUGCAAAACUAAGCUAAGGAGCUUACAGGUCUCUCCAAUUGUGUGGUGCUGCCCCCCUUAUCUAUAUUAGAUUAGAUACAGAGUAUUGUGCGUGUGAUAUGGAUGAAAUUAGACGAUUUAGGCAAGAGUCAAUAAGGCAUUUCAUGUUUGUAAAUGGUAGAGGACUUGUUAUAGUUUUAUGUAGACAGUAAUUGCAGUUAUGUCCAUGAUGAAACCAAGCAUUUGAUGUCCAAGUCUUCCAGGAUUGCGGCUUUAAGAUGGGUUAUUGCAGAAGCUCUUUAGAUUGGUUUUUGCUAUCUUUGAAGUUUAAAGCUUCACUUUCUUGUGGCCAACUAAAUUCAAUGCAAUCCCAAAAGAAGUGCUUGUGGGUGGUGAUCUCCUAUACUUGAGGUUUUA